ACUCCCGGGAAAGCUUGGGCGCGAAAGAGUGUCCUAGUUGGAGGGACCACUGAACGCCGCCGGGAGCCACAGGGUACCUUUCUUGGGCGUCCUUCCCUCCUUGGUAUGCUAUGGAGUUCCCAGAACACAGUCAGCAGCUGCUGCAGAGCCUCCGGGAGCAGCGGACCCAGGGUUUCCUUUGUGACUGCACUGUGAUGGUGGGUAGCACCCAGUUCUUGGCCCAUCGGGCUGUGCUGGCCUCCUGCAGCCCAUUCUUCCAACUUUUCUACAAGGAACGGGAACUGGACAAGAGGGAUCUGGUUUGUAUUCACAAUGAGAUUGUCACAGCCCCGGCCUUUGGGCUGCUUCUGGACUUUAUGUAUGCUGGCCAGCUGGCCUUGAGUGGGGAUACCCCUCUAGAAGAUGUGCUGGCAGCUGCCAGCUACUUGCACAUGAAUGACAUCGUCAAGGUGUGUAAGCAGCGGUUGCAAGCAAGAGCUCUGGCAGAGGCAGAUAGUACCAAGAAGGAGGAGGAAACCAACUCCCAUCCUGCUACUUUGGAGUUUUUGUCCAGCACUUCCCGUGGCCCCCAGCCUUCAUUGGCAUCUUCUGCCGAGACAUCAGUCCGCUGGGGCAAAGAGGAAUGGAAAGGUCCAGCCACUCCCUUACCUAUUGCCUGUCCUACAGAUGAGCCACCGAUGCCUGGUGGGGCUGACACUACACAGCCUAGCAUGGAGGUUGACUCACCGCAUCUGCGAGCACCUCCUCCGCCAGUGGCAGAUGUCUCGGUCUCUCUUGCUAGCCCCAGUAGCUCCACAGAGACCAUUCCUGCAAACUACUACUCUUCUGGCCUCCCAGCAGCUUCUGUGGAGCCUUUGACUCCUCUUGAUGUGGUCCCUGAGAGUCUGAGGGUGGUGGAGCCAAGGGAUCCUGGAGGACCACUGCAAGGCUUCUACCCACCAGCUCCAGCUCCAUCUCAGGCUCCAGCCCCAGCCGAAGCUGAACUGGUCCAAGUGAAAGUGGAAGCUAUAGUGAUCUCUGAUGAGGAGACUGAUGUAUCAGAAGAACAGCCUCAGGGCUCUGAAGGACUGUUCCCACCUGGAGGAACAGUGUAUGGGGGACAGCCCUCCCAACCAGAGGCUUUUGAAGAACCAGGGGCAACGGGACUAGAGGAGGUGGGGCCAAGUGACCACUUCCUGCCUGCAGAACCUCAUUUACCUUACCAUCUGAUGCCAGGCCCAGGGCAGUAUCAUCGAGGACUGGUGCCAUCACCCUUGCCUGCACCACCAGCCCUGCAUGAGCCACUUUACCCGCCUUCUGAGUAUGAAGCAGCCCCUGGAAACUUUGGGGUUUUUACUGAGGAUGUUCCUACCUGCAAAACAUGUGGAAAGACCUUCUCAUGCUCUUACACACUACGGCGGCAUGCCACAGUGCACACCCGUGAACGACCUUAUGAAUGCCGCUACUGCCUACGCAGCUACACACAGUCAGGGGACCUCUACCGCCAUAUCCGCAAGGCUCACAAUGAGGACCUGGCCAAACGCAGCAAACCUGAUCCAGAGGCUAGCUCCAUUCUAGGGGUGCAGACCCUCUCUGGCUCCCCAACAACAGACAGACAGAGUGGUGGUGGAGGGCCACCCAAAGAUUUUGUACUUGGUCCCAAAAAUUAACAUGUGGUUGGGGGAAGCAUGGGCUGAUGUGAGGCCUGCUUUUACACAUUUUUAUAUGGCCACACAGAAGAUUGAAGUAUCUCAUUACUCUUACUGGGUGACAGAAUGAAAGUUCUGCCUAGGUUGAAAGUGUGUACCUUUUUCUUUGCCCAGCCAGAUGAGAAAGACUAUGGGGGCAGAGCAGGUCAGCCAGCUUUCUCCAAGCACUGGGUAUCUUUUGGGGGUGUAAUUGCUUCUCACUCCACAUUCUGGUACAUAAAACUAGCAGUGAAAUUCUCUCUUUGAAUUGGUGUUGGCUGGUUUCUUCCACAAAACUGCAUGCCUUUAUACCUGUCCUUUAAUUCUUUUAUCUUAUACCUGUGCUUGGUUUAUGCAUUGGGAUGUGAUUGCUUGAGGGAAACAGUGAGAUAGGCACAGGGCAAUACAGAUUGCAUAGGAAAACCUUACAAAUUAGGGAAUCUUACACACAACUUAUUGUAGUUGGGCUUUUGUGUUCUGGGCUGCUUUGGGUAUAUUUUCAGUUAAUCUUAAAUGACUUCAUGGUGGUAUUUAGUCUCCCUCCUUUUUAUCACAGAUAAAGAAACUUGAGACUCAGAUAGUUUGCUCAAGGUCACAGCUGGUGAAGGAGCAAGCCAGGAUUUGAACCUAGCUUGUGACUCCAGACACCACACAUACUAUCCUGGUUUAUAACAUUGUUUAAGGUUGGUAGGUAGUUAGCCAACAACUAGAAAUUGUUUACUUUUCUUGUUUGAGUGUGUGGCUUUGUUCCUUUAACUUGUCAUCUCUGUUUUCCACCUAGAAAGAACUUUGGUUGAUUUGACAAAAAGAUAUUGUAUAAGUUGAAAUUUUUGCCUACAUGUUGUGAAUGUGAGCAAGCAAGCACCUUGAACCACUGAGCCAUCUCCCCAGCCCCUUGUGAAUGUGAAUUGAGGUCUCUGAAGAAACGGAAGACAGAAAACAGUAAGCCCUGUGGUGGUAGUGUGUGUGUGUUUGGGGGAGAGGUGGCGGUGAGAACUUUGUGGAAUUACUGAAAUAAGAGGUACUUGGGAAAGCUAAAGCAGAAAACACAUGACAGGAUCUUACAGUCAUCUAAUCUUACACAUUUGCUUCAAAAGUGUAGGUCUGGGGACUGAGCUCAGUGGUUAAGUGCUUACCUUGCUUGCCUGAGGCCUGGGUUUGAUCCCUAACAUCCCAAAAAGGAAAAAGAAGUGUGAUAAGAACCUCAAGAGCUUAAAUUACUCUCCUAAGAUCAUUCAGGUGGUUGUUGACCAUGGAAAGGACAAAGUAAUGGAAGUCUGGGGUGCUGAUGUGGGAUAGGGAAAAGACCUCUAAGAAUGUUAAGUGAAGCCUGCACAGGCUGCAGUGAAGAGAGAGCUGUAGAAUGGACUAUCAGGAGCCCUACAAACCACCUCUCUUGGCACACAAAGACCUAGGUGUAAGUAAAGUCAGGAGGAAAAGUGAAAAUACAAGUUUCUCAAUUGCUUUUCCAUCUUUUUGGGUCCCCCAUGUCAAAUUGAGAACUGUGAAUUAUUCUUACCAAGCUACUGUUUUUGAGAAACAGGAAUGGGACCAAUGAUAUGUCCAAAGAAAACUCCUUUAGUAGGGCAUUAUGGGAAGAAAGAGUUGGUAAUGCUUAACAUUUUUGUUGCUGAGUGAAUUUUAAAGCUGAGUUACUUUGGCACCUGUCUGUAGUUCUAGCUACAUGGGAGUUUGAGUUAGUUUGGGCAACAAAGCAAGGCUGUAUCUCCCCUUCAAAAUAAAAGAGUGAAUUCUAUACCUA